CAUGUGUAGCUUAGCGGUACGUUUAGCACUUUCGUACAGUUUUAAGCAAUGUUUAGGAUCGCUGAAAUGUUUGAUGUGACUAGUUUCCGAGGAUCCUGAGACAUCUUUCGGCGAAUGUGAUAAUACUUGACAGUAAUGUGGAUGAUGAGUUGGUGUAUUUGCAACUUACAAAAAACCUAGCUGUGCAACUUGAAUAGAGAAGAAAACAGCGAUGUUGUUUUAUUGCUUAAAUCUAGGCCUACUUGAACUAGCUACUUCACCAAGUUGUAGAAUAAGUCCCCUCACGAUCGCGAGGAUUGCUAUGCUUAUGCAUAGGUUAUCUUACCCUAAGUUGCUAUGGAUACUUGGAAGGUUUGCCCCCAGCUCAUUACGGUCAACAAAGAAGGCACCCACUACAUUGGCUACAUUAAUACAAGUCAAGGUCGUCAGUUCAAGGUUCAGAUAGAGCUGGGGCCACAUGGGCAACUCAAAGGGGCCAGGGUGAAGUGUGAGUGGGCACUGCAGGCUCUUCUUGAGGGGUAUGGACACGUACUACAACAGAGAUUGAAUCAAGCUUCAAAUUUGACUUCAUUUCUAGAGGAGUUCAGGUCUUUUAUAGAAAGGCGUGUGGAAGAGACCAGCAACACUGUCCCGUCCUCCUCCAAGCUCUGCGGUGAUCUAAUGCAGGAGCUAGAACACCUGGGCUGGCACAGGCUAGUAUCGGUGGACCCUAGCUUCCAAAAGAUUCAACUGAAGUGUGAAGAUGCUAGGGGAAGAACUCAUAUCAUCAAACUUCAACUUCAUGCUCAGCACCCGGAGAAGCCCCCAAGCUGCCAAGUAGAUCUACCAAAACUGUUUGACUUCCAGUGGUCAGUUCAGGGAGGAUUAAGCCAGUUGUUUGAGCAGUUUCAGCAGUGUCUGACAUCUUAUCAAGACUUCUGGGAUCAAGUGGGUGAAAUUGACAAGCAGACCUGGGUGCUUGAGCCGGAGAAGCCAACGUUCAGCGCCAGACAUCGCAGAAUUGUUCUCAGCACUAGUGUCUCACUACAGUUGUCAGUGGAACCAGAUCACCCCAGACAGCUGCCAGACUGUAGGUUCCUUGGCUCUGAACAAGCAAUCCAACCACAUCAAGACAGCUUCAACAGGAACUUACAUCUAUGGGAUGAGAGUGUGUCCCUGCUGGCUAAUCUACAGAUCUUGUUGGAGCAACAGUUUCCUUCUCCAACAACAUCCAGAAAAGAGGAUUUCAGCAUGGAGUGUGGCAUCUGUUAUGCAUACCGGCUUGGGACAGACAUCCCUGACAAAACUUGUGAUGAUGUGCGUUGUGGCCAACCAUUCCACACCACCUGUCUCUAUGAGUGGCUCAGAGGGUUACCAUCAAGUCGCCAGAGCUUUAAUACAGUGUUUGGAGAGUGUCCUUAUUGUAGUAAGCCCAUUACAGUGAAGAUGCCCACAACUGUAGGAUGAUAAUUUUCUUACCCUUGACAGAAGAGACCAUUUUUUUUUUCACCCUGAACAGAAGAGACCACUUUUUCUUACCCUUAACAGAAGAGACAACCUUUUCUGUCAGUUCUCGUUUUCAUAAUACAAAUCAUUGUUUCACGUGUAUGUUUCUUGUCCUUCUAUUUAACGUUAUUUGAUUAUUCCACAA